UGUGAUGCUGAGAUGUUCCGCCGAGUGGGACCACGCGGAGCUAAACUACAAACGGGAACAGAUUCCUGAUCGUGGUACAUGGCUGCGUUUUUUUCUUUAUGGUUUCCCUUUAACCCUUUUGCGUCGUCGAAUAAAACGCUGAUUGCCUGGUCUUCUGCCGCCACAAAGGCUCUACAGGUGUAAGCGCUCUUUUACCUUCGCGCACGGUAAGAGGAUUAAGUGGAUCUUCACCGCAAGAGGAUUAAGUGGAUCUUCCUCUUUUGGAUUCCGGCGAGGUUGGAUCCCCGCUGAGAUUCUGAAAGGGAGAACUGGUCACACACAGAUAUGAUGGUUGUCUCAAAUGGCAGUUCUACUUCAGCCGCUCCGCUGGCCGUGAUGAGCAUUCCAGAGAACUAUGGUAUUGUGGAGCCAGGAAUUUACAGAGCCAGCGCCCUCAAAGUUCACAGCCUCGCCUUUGUCUCCAAUCUCCAUCUCAAGACGUUGCUGCAUCUCUCUCCCGAGCCACUUUGUCCUGUCAUUGGGACGUUUCUCCAGCAGUCAGCCGUGAAUUUGAUUCAUCUAGGGGCGCGAGAGGGAAAGCCCGCCUCGUGGAAACCAGUGAGCGAAAACAUGAUGAAGGACGCGUUGGAAAUUGUUUUGGACGAUUCCAUGUAUCCUAUCAUGGUUACAUGCUCCUCCGGGAUUCAGCAAACUGGAACCUUUGUCGGCUGCUUAAGGAGGCUACAAAAGUGGAAUUUGACAUCAAUUAUAGAGGAGUAUAGACGCUACGCGGGGAACAAAGCGCAUUACGCAAACGAGCAGUUCUUGGAGCUGUUUGACGAGGAUAUUGUCAAGCUGCCAAGCAACCUGGCACCUUGGUUUGCUGAUCAACAAAGAAUAAUGGAAGAAGAGAAGGCAGAGUUUCAAAAGCAAAUAGAAGAAAAGCAGCAGCAAGAUAGCAACAGCAGCUUGUCUUCGUGGCAAGCAAUGUCAGCCGGAAAGGAUUUUAAAACGUCAUGUAGCAGCUACGCGAGAUACUAUUACUGCUCGAGCUGUCCAUUGACGACCGAAGAUCGGUACAGGAAGCGUAGAAACAUGGGAAGAACCGGAUAGAAUCGAUGGCUCUUGGGGACUGGGAGGGCCAUCUUUCUUCUUCGAAGCUGGAUGGUUUCUAGCAGUGAAAGAAUCGAUGCCUUUGUUGCUUUGCUCGCGAUUUUCAAUGCCUGUCAGCCAGAAAGCAAAAGGGGAAAUGAAAAACAAAUUCUUUCCAGCA